GGCCGCGACUUCUUGAAAUCAGCGCAAUAGCAAUCGCGCCGGGGCAACAGACAGUACAAGCUAUCCAGCCACUAACUAAACGACACUAAGCUAAACAAAACUAACUAAAACAAGAGCUGCAUAUCUAACUGAACUACCUGUAACUGCAGUUGGACAGCGCAUUUCGUAAUCCAAAACCAAAAGCGAAGCAAGAAUACGGGUCCGAGAAACAGCUGAAGGCAACGUAACGCCAAGUGAAAGUGCGCGUGUAUUUGUGAAUAGCGAAGGCAACCAGAAAAUUUCUUAUAUCAAUUAUAACCUGCGUUUGUCAGCAGAAGCAUCAGAAGCAGAAGCAGCUCAACACAAGAAAAUUCACAAUGAGCGGAUACACAGACCUCACCAAGCUGGAGACUAGUCGGAACUGCCUGCGCCGCAUCGCCCGUCACGAUGAGCAGCAGUUCUCCAAAGACAGCAUCGUCAAUGUGAUGGAGAAGUUUGUGAAGACUGUCAACAUUAUGGACGACACCAUUUUGGUGCCAUGCAGACUCAUGGAUCGACAGAUCGGUGACAGCACUGACAUUAUACCAGCCUCGGGCAAGGACACUACCGCCAACCAGCUGACACAGAGCUCCAGUGCCCAGGGCAAGCGGGGAGCGGCCCACUCGAAGAACGUGCACGAGUUCCUCAGCGCCUCCGAGCUCUUCAAUCUCUACAGCAUGCUGAACGCUCUGAAAAAGGAUCUGCUCUGGACCGCCAAUCAGGAGGAUGAUGAAGCUGUCGAGAUGGAGUCCCACCAGCAGCAACAGCGCACAGCCAGUCCCGUUGCUAAUUCCAGCGAGAGCAAGACUGAGUCCAACCCCUCGAGUACAACAUCUGCAUCAAGCAGCAUCAAAGGUCAUGUGCGACGCACCUCCACCGCCUCAAUGAUGUCCAACACCUCUGUGAGCAACAUGAGCGACUCGGACUCUGACAUCUCGCAGGAGAACGACUCGGGCCUGGAGUCUGAUGGCAACAAGAGCGACCAUGCCCAGAGCAGCGACGGCAGCGACAUUGUGGACGACGCCUGCCACAAAUCGAAACAGGCCUCCGGGGACAAGGCCACGGAGCUGGCGAAACGCUGCCGGAGACACCUGAACGGUCUGUACCAGUGCCUGGAACAAAUGACAGAGGCGGCCAACUAUCUAACCGCCAGAUACCAAAGUGAUAUUGGGCCCGUCUAGGAGUUCCAACUCAACACCCUCUCCUUCUUCUCCUUCUAAAUCUAAUCCUUCGAACUGGUCGGGGCUAAUCUUUACACCAUAUAUAUAGUCUGUUUAGUGGGCGGGUCUGUUUACUCUAAUUAGUAUCGAUCGAAGCAAAGGCGAGGUCUUUCUCCAACUGUUCGAGUGUCUCUAUCCAUAACUAUAUCUAUUUCUAUGCCUACACCUAAAACUAUAUGUAACGCGGGGGGUGCUAUGUACGUGUGACACACGGGGAUUGUAUAUGUGUGCCAGAGGAAGAUUGUAUAAAUGUAAAACAGUUUGUAGUUGUAAUAUUAGAUAGUGCAGCAGCAACUAAAGCAACAACCAAUACAUUUUCUAUUGUUAAACUUGCAA